GCGGCGGGGAGUCGGACGUCGGCCGCAGGUCGGGUCUGCGAGUCAGUGUGCGAGCCUGCUGCCGCCGCCCCGGCGACAGAUGGUUCCCACACGUCCGUGCUGCCGGCCGGGGAUCCUGACCCGGCCGAGGAUCCUGACGCGGCCUCGAUUUUGGAGGUUCAGAGAAACCUUGAAAAAGCCGAGUUGGGACAGUGACGUUUGAGCUGGGUGGGGAGAGCGAGAGCGGACGAUGCGGGGAGAACGAUCAGAUCUCAGUUCAUGUACUAGUGUUGUCCUGUUUCCAUGCCAUUUAAGAAGAAUUGUACAAUGUAAUAUGUCAUAUUUAAAACAACCUCUCAUUUACAUUUGAACUUCAGGAUACCCGGACCCCUUAAACUUCUUCUAACUAUCUCUGGUCACAGGAAACAAGAUUCUGUUCCAUGAAGAUGAAAACAACUGGGUCACUGUUAAAAGCCAGCCAAGAGAACAGCACAGACCAAUGAGUAGAAUCAACAAGAACGUGAUCUUGGCCCUGUUAACACUGGCGAGUUCUGCAUUCCUGCUGUUUCAGCUGUACUACUACAAGCACUACUUGUCAGCAAGGAAUGGAACGGGUUCAUCAAAAUUCAAAGGAAAUCGAGUUGGAUUUGAGAGCACACAGUGGCGUGCAGUUAAGAAAUUUAUUAUGCUGACAUCCAGCCAAAAUGUGCCAGUGUUCCUUAUUGACCCUUGGAUUCUGGAAUCAAUUAAUAAAAACUUCGAACAAGUGAAAAAUACUUCUCAAGGCCCGGCUUCAGAAUGCAGAUUUUUCUGUGUUCCGAGAGACUUUACUGCAUUUGCUCUGCAGUAUCACCUGUGGAAGAAUGAGGAUGGCUGGUUUCGGAUAGCUGAGAAUAUGGGCUUCCAGUGCCUAAAGAUUGAAAGCAAAGACCCUCGGCUAGACGGAAUAGACUCACUUUCUGGAACUGAAAUCCCUCUGCACUAUGUCUGUAAGCUGGCCACUCAUGCCAUCCACUUGGUAGUCUUUCAUGAGAGGAGCGGCAACUACCUCUGGCAUGGCCACCUACGACUCAAGGGACACAUGGAUAGGAAGUUUGUUCCUUUUCGAAAGUUACAGUUUGGUCGUUAUCCUGGAGCCUUUGACAGGCCAGAGUUACAGCAAGUCACUGUUGAUGGACUAGAUAUGCUUAUUCCAAAAGACCCAGGGCACUUUCUAGAAGAAGUACCUCACUCCAGAUUUAUCGAGUGCAGGUAUAAAGAAGCUCGGGCCUUUCUUCAGCAGUACAUUGAUGAUAAUACUGUGGAUGCUAUGGCCUUUCGAAAGAGGGCAAAGGAGUUACUGCAACUAGCAGCCAAGACAUUGAAGGAGUUGGGAGUGCCCUUCUGGCUGAGCAGUGGGACUUGUCUAGGAUGGUAUCGGCAGUGCAAUAUUAUUCCUUAUAGCAAAGAUGUCGACCUAGGGAUUUUUAUACAAGAUUACAAACCUGAUAUUAUUUUGGCAUUUCAGGAUGCAGGACUUCCACUCAAACACAAGUUUGGAAAGGUGGAAGACAGCUUGGAACUAUCCUUCCAGGGAAAAGAUGAUGUCAAACUUGAUAUUUUUUUCUUCUAUGAAGAGACUGACCAUAUGUGGAAUGGAGGCACGCAGGCCAGAACAGGAAAAAAGUUUAAGUAUCUGUUUCCCAAGUUUACUCUGUGCUGGACUGAGUUUGUAGACAUAAAAGUCCAUGUUCCCUGUGAAACAGUUGACUACAUUGAAGCCAACUAUGGGAAGACCUGGAAGAUUCCUGUCAAGACAUGGGACUGGAAGAGCUCACCCCCGAACGUGCAGCCCAAUGGGGUCUGGCCAAUCUCCGAGUGGGAUGAGGUUAUCCAGUUGUACUGAGAACACUAAGCUCAGGUGGGGCAUUUCCCAGAAAGGAGGCGGGUAACUGUUUAAAGCACUGCUGUUUUUUGCCUGAUGUGAGAGCCAAAGAAGAGAAAUGACAAGUUGGAAGACAGAAAAGGUUUUCUGACUCGUGGGCCAUCUAAAUAGUUCUGCCAUUCAGCAUUUACUGAGGAGAUUAUACACCAGGUGAAGUACUGGGAUCUGGUGAAUGAGCAAUUGCAGCCUCUCUCUUGACCCAUUGGUAAGCACUACAAGUUUCUUUUGAAGGAAGCUUACCCUCUGAAGAGCUGGUGUACAAUAUGAUGUAUUCCAUAAUGAUUUUUAAAAUGUUAAUUAAUGUUUAUACCGGAAAGUGAGCUCAGCAUACGAAGCUUACAAAGGAUAUGUUAGUUAAGAAUAAUUCAUUCCUGCCUGUCCUUGGGAUUUAGCUGCUGCGUUAGAGCUGCUUUUAAGGUUGUGGAAUAUGAGUUAAUAUUCCAGUGCGUGAUUAGAGUUUGUCUCACAGAGAAAAGAUGGUGGUAAACUCAUUUCACAAGCAGUGUGAUACACAGUUGGCUUCAAGCACAGGGCAUUCUAUAAGAGAAGAUGAGAGCCCAUAUCAGCUCUUGUCAAGACCAUACACUGUUUUCAUAUUUCAAGUGAACAAUGGAUGCUUAGAUGGUGCUUGAAUCUCUGACAUCAUAGGAAUAUUUUCACUGACCUGCAGUAGUACUUGCUGAAAAAUCAUUUAAUCAUGCUAUCGAAAGUUGUGACAUCUCAAAGCUUAUGUUCUUUAUUCAUUUUCAAUCACUCUUGGAUUUUAAAAUGGAAUUAUUCAUGAAUAUUUUUAUAUUUUAUGAAUGUAUAACUCUUCUGCCCUUAAUUUUAAUAUUGACACUAAAUACUAAUAGACAUACCUCUGAGUUUUUUAAAAAAUACCCUUUAUUUAUUUAUCAACCAUAGUUCCAUAUGAUUAAUUUAUGGCCUACACAAUAAUUUAUUUAGCAUGAAGAUAUUACUGUUCUUAAUAUUCCUGUAUUACUUCAAGUUUCCAAAAUGGAGGGUUAAUGUGAACCUGGAAACUAUUCCUUUUUCUAGAUCACUGUCGUUAAAGCCUGUGUCCAUCUCUAGAUUGUCAUUCUGCUGAGUGUAAGAGGGCAAGGACUUCCUACUGCCAAGUACUGCACAUGUGAGACACCUUGAUUUCCUUUUUCUUCUCAAAAUACACUUAUGAGUAAGUUGGAGCAGCUGCGCUGAAGCCGCACAGAGGAUACAGCGGAUGCCUAUCUUCCUUGCCUGGGGGGGGGGUCGCCACUCCCUGCUGCUUAGGGGUGUGCUUCCUGGCAGCUUUGCAGACUUCCCUCUGAAAGUGUAGUUACUAAAAUGGAAACCAGAAUAUCUGAGGGAAUGGACUGGCCGAAAGGAAAAGGGAAAAAAAGAAAAACUUGGAGGAAGUAAACUUGAAGUCACCUACUUCCAAAUUUUAACUUCAACAUGAAAACUGUCUUUGUUGGAUGACAAGCAACAGUUAGGAUGCAGCCUCUGUGUAGGAAUAUUGUCUCUCCAUAUGCAUCUAAUGAGGUUGUUAUAAUUAUUAGCAAACUUGUACCCAAAUGACAGAUCAUAACCAGUUCUUUCCUAGAAAAUAAGUCUAUAGAAUAUGUACCCAAGUUUUAGAUACCCAGCCCUAUGUAUUUUUAUGCGCUAAACAAACAAAAGCCACCACCAACAACAACAACCAGAUAAUAGUGUUCUUGAGGACAAACCCACCCCACCUGGAGAGGAUCAUUUGCUUGUACUCAGUAUCAGGGAGUACGUAUGUUUACAUCAUGCUCCUUGAGAGCUUCCACGUCUGCCAGGAGAUCUUACCCACCCCUGGUCAGGUUACUUCUCUUAUAUCUAUCGUUGUGGAGUGCAAGAUCUGCAAGUGCCCAUAAUACAGAUGCUCUUGGUCCUGUGCACAGAGGUUCUGUAGUCUUCCCUCCAUAGAGGAUGGGGAAACUUGUCUUCCCCCUGGUUUGGCUUCAGUUUUUAGGUUCUGUCCCACCUUGGAGAAAGUUUCCCAGAAUUUGCAGGUGAGGUUUACUUCUGAAAAUGACUCAGUCAUUCUGAAGCCAGUGCUUCUUAACCUUUGAACUCUGCUGAGUGUCCGCAGACUUUGGUCAGGUGUGCCUACCACCUGACUGACCCUUUCAGAUCACUUUUCUUCCCUCCCUGAAUAUGCAAACUGUUAUUCUUCUCAUAUGACUACUUUCUGGUUCCAUUUACCUGGUUUGCUUGAAGAUACCUUUUGCCAGGCAGUGGUGGCACAUGCCUGUAAUCCCAGCACUUGGGAGGCAGAGGCAGGCAGAUUUCUGAGUUCGAGGCCAGCCUGGUUCCAGGACAAGCCAGGGCUACACAGAGGAAAAAAAAAAAAAAGAUACCUUUUAAAUUAACUUGUUCUCAUGUUGCCAAGGAUACUUCCAGAGAGACCAUGAGAAGCACAUGCUUUCUCAGUUUACAACAGCCACCUACUUCCCUAAGGAAGGGCUGGCAUGGAGGACUUGCCCUGCUCCUGGAUAUAGUUAUUGACAUUGGCCACUGAGAUAAAAUAACAGUAACUAAAACUGGGCAUUCCUAAGAGUAGCUGAGAUAGUUCUUAGUGGAGCCUCCAUGACACUUCAGUGCUUGGUGAGUUUUCCAGUGUCUCGGUGGCAUGUGCUUCAGGGUGUCCCAUGGAAUGCCUGAGCUGACAGAAAUGCUGAGGAGGGUCUAUUUCUUCUUGUCCAGAAUUCUCAGGACACCUUCUUACCUGUAUUGGAGGAGAGGGUGGGUGGGGGGGGGCACAGAAGCCUUAUCUACAAAAAAUAGAACAGUUUCUGUCUGAAGAUAUCACCUGUGGUUUCUGACUCUUGAAAUGCUUAAAGGAUUAAAUGAGACAUAGGUGCUUCCAUUCAGGCCCACGGUUAAGUAAGUACUCAUGAGAAGUGCCGUUUCCUAAUUCAUGGUUCUGUUGUAACUUGGAAGGUUGCACAACACAGUUGCUUAAAAAUAAAAUUGGGACUUGGGCACUGGUGAGAUAGCUUAGCAGGUAAAUGCAAUUGUUACCAAAUCUGACAUGAGUUUGAUCCCCAGGACCCAUAUAGUUUAAGGAGAGUGUUGCUAUAUUUUUCCAACCCAAUUACCCAGUAAAAGAAAUCUCAAUUCAAUCAAUAGCAAUACAAGCUAUACACCUAGAUUGGGCAGAUCUCCCACAACACUACUCUAUUCCCAUCUAUGUUAUCUCCCAUAUAAUUAUCAGUUUCUCCAGUCCACAAUCUUUUCCCCAUCUUCUCAGUCCAUCUUCCAUAGCUCCUCCCCCUUCCCUGUCGAUCCUUUUCUCCUCCCCCAAACUCUCAGCUCUUCCUCCUUCCUCCUGCCCAAUCAUUGGCUCAAGCCUUUCUUUGAAAAGUUAAGGUGGAAAGAAGGUUCACUCCUCAUCUGUAGCCCUCCCAGGAAUGGAAUCAGCAUCAAAAUAUAAGCCCAGGGCUAUCCACAACAGGAGAGAACCUCAAAUACAUCAGUAUACAGGCUCUGAUGUGCUUGGUGCUCCUCUCUAGCACAAGAGGACAACACACACACACACACUUAGUCAAUAUCAUGAAAAGUUUUUAUUGUAUCCAAGCAUUGCAGGUCAAAUUGUGUGAUGUAUGAACUCAGAGUCAUUGCCAUAGCACCCCCACCUGGAUCAGUUGUCUCUCAUUUUGUUGACCAAGUUGCUGUCUUCUAAUGCUAUCCCAUUGUACUGCUUCCUUUUAAACCCAGUCAGAUUACUCUUAAGUUUUGUGCCUUGCUUUUCAAUAUGCUAGCCUUGGGCAGCAAACAUCACUAUAUAUAAUGAUUUUCAGAACCAAAGAUUUUGGAAUGCUUAGUUUUAUUUAACUGCCUACUCUAUAAAAAUGUGGGUUAGUAGUAGUCUAACCAUAUGGGAUGUCUGGAUUCAGUACAAAGCACCAGAAAUCUGAGGCAGAAGGCUUACCACAUGCUCAAGGCCAGCGUGGGCUAUCUAGGGGAUACCAGCCUAUCCUGGGCAAUAGUGUAAUACACAGUAUUGAGGGAGGACAAAGGAGGGGAGAGAAAGAGAGACAGAGAUAGAGAGAAUGAAAAUAAAUCUGCCCGCAGAUUUAUGUUUUUAUCUAAAGUAGGCAAAAAAUCAGGAGGAUACACAAUGCUGUUUUAAAUAGUUAAUUGUAGGCAAACAGACCAAUUGGGUGUUAAUGCCUUUUAUAUAGGACCAAUAGGGAAGUAUAAAUUUUUUGAAAAAAUGUGUUUCCAAACCCUCAGAAUACCUAGGCUAAAAUUUACUCCUAUAAUUCCUGGAUAGGUCCUAAUAGAAUUUCUAUGAGGGCCAUUUAGUCAUCUAGACUCCUGUCUACUUAUGAGUAGCUUUCACAGAAGGGCAAUGUAUAAGAAAGCUUUGUCAUAUAAAGUAUUCUGUCAUGCACUUUAAAAAUUAUAAGCUUGUACAGCCUGAUGACAAUUUAUUCUAAGCAUGAAAACUAGUUGAUGAGUUUGUUAACUGUAGCUCUGUCAACAUGUGACAUAUGACUAUGACACACAUGUAUGUCAAUUUUCUAGACAAAGCUAUAUUUUAAACAUGAGAUUUCAGUAUAUGCUUACCAGUUUAAUAUUUGGUUUUGUCUUCAGGUAUAGUUUAUGGUACUACUGAAAAUAGUUUUAAUAUGAGUACUCUGAUCUGAAUUUGUAAUACACAAUCUACU